AUGACGAUAUUUUUGGCUGUCGUGCGGAUGAGGUCCCAAUCGCUCAUGGCUGAGCUUGUCGGGAACUACGCAUACGGUGAGCGGAGCUGCCCGAGUGACGCAACCGACGUUUCUGGUGUCGCUUCAGAAGCCGGAAAAGCCGACGGAGUCAAGAAGCUUUUGGUCGCCGAUGACGCGUCUCUGGAUGGACUUCUGCCCGAAAGAGUUGCUCCGGUCAUUUUGGCGUCACAAAAACAAUUCAACUUCACACACAUCGUCGGUCCAUCGACGGCUUUCGCGAAGAACGUUCUUCCGCGAGUCGCUGCGAAACUCGACGUUUCCCCGAUAUCCGACGUGCUGGAUAUCAAGUCCGAGGACACGUUCGUUCGACCCAUCUAUGCCGGCAACGCAAUCCAGACCCUGCAGACCUCGGACGCGGUGAAGAUCCUCACCGUACGAGCGAGUUCGUUCGAUGCCGUUGGGACAAGCGGAAGCGCGACUCCUGAAUCGGCACCGAAGGCUGAAGGUGUCAAGCUGGACAUUUCCACGUACGUCAAGUCCGAGAUUAGUAAGUCGGAGAGACCCGACCUUUCGUCAGCUAAAAAAGUAAUCUCCGGCGGACGCGGUAUGAAGUCCGGCGACAAUUUCAAAAUGCUGUACGACCUCGCCGAUAAACUCGGAGCGGCUGUGGGGGCGUCACGUGCGGCAGUCGACGCGGGCUUCGUGUCGAACGACCUCCAGGUCGGCCAGACAGGGAAAAUCGUAGCGCCCGACCUCUACGUCGCCAUCGGAAUCUCGGGAGCAAUUCAACAUCUCGCGGGUAUGAAGGACUCGAAGACGAUCGUGGCCAUCAACAAAGACGCAGAAGCACCGAUUUUCCAAGUCGCUGAUAUCGGUUUGGUUGCCGACCUCUUCCAGGCUGUUCCCGAAAUGCUGGAGAAAAUUGACAAGUUCAAGUCAAAGUGAACGCAAUUGUUUGCACUUGGUUGAGAAGGCCGGGAGAGAUAUUUUGAUGAUGGGUAUAUCUAUGCUGUGACUUUAAAUAAAAUUUUUUGUA